GCCUAGGUUCAACCAUGCAGCACAUCAGCUUUGCAGUAGUUUAUAUUGUAAUUUUUGGACUUUCGUCGUCCAACUUUUUGGAGUGUCAUCUUCAAGAUACAGCUUACAGAGAGAUAAAACGUUUAUUCCCAUCAGAAUGGAAACGAGCAUCUAACCUUGGAGGCAGAUUGAUGUGCCAAUUGGACAGUAGAAAUUGCGGAGGGUUUUUUGUUGGUAAGAAAUUUGUUGGAUACUCUAUGUUCAAUAACAAUUAUGGAAAAAUGAGAAAAAUGAAUAAAAUUGAACCAAAAAUAGACAACUAUGAAAGAGUACCAUACGACUCAAGUGAUUAUGUAAAAUGGCAUCAUUGAAUUUAAAUGUAUCAUCAAAAUAUUACUUAUUGAUAUUAUAGAUAGACA